AUGGAUGAAAAACGGCCAGGAACUGCACUUCAUCGCGUUUUGGAGAAAGUGGUGUCCAUGUCCGGGUUUGGUGCAUCAGCAAGUACACAACUGCACAAUGACAGCACCGUUACCGAUGAGCAUACAUCAAAGUUAUCAAGAUCGUCUUCACACAAGAUCCAUCAGAAAUUGAGCAAGCUCAUUAAGACAAAAGUAAGGGCCAAGAAGUUAGAGCAAGAGAUUCUAAGUGAUGCCAAUGUGUGGUCCGAUUCGAUUCCCACACAAGAGUGUUCCCUGAUCAUUAAAGAUUUCAACUUCAUUUUCUCUGCCCAGACAAACGCUAGUGCCCAAUUGAAUGAAAAGUUGGAGAAGAUAAAGCUAAGUUUGUCGUUUGUUAACGAGCGUGAGAAGAAACAAAAGGAGUUACUCUUUUCCAAGAUCAAGUUGGAGAAGCAGUUGAAGGAAAACAAAGCACGGGUUGGUCCUAAAGCAUCAUCAACUGUUUUGAUUAUCGAAAAGUUGGAAGAGGUGGAUUGUAGUUUGCAAGUGGUUGAACAACAAUUUGUGCGGUCAAUAGCCAACGAUUUGAAGGAGAGCAUCAUUGAUUAUGUUUGCACAUUACACUCAACGUCACGUAAAUUGAACGAAGUUUGCGAGGAUUUUAUGGAGUGUGUGAAUUCAUUGGAACAAAAUCAUUGCAUGAAUGGGUUGGGGUUGGAGCAGGGUGGGGAAACAAAUGGCAUAAAUCAGAAUCACAUUUUGAGGGACAGUGACCUCGGUCGCACAUCACCAACAAGAUUAUCGAGAUUGGCAUUGAAGAGAAAAUCACCUCAAGUCCACCAGAUCUAUACUGACAAUGACCAGAUCAAGAUGAAAAAUUACGAUAUACCAACACCCCAAUCUUCUUGUGCUGAGUGUAAAAAAAACCCUUGCAUACACGUUGAUCAAGAAAAUGGCACUCAACAAUUAAAGCCAAAUCCGCAAUCACUCCCUUCUCAAGAACAAAACUCUGGUGUUAGGCGCACAUUUUCCAAGAUCUACCCAUUGCAGUCACAAAGUUCACAAUACGGAGAUGAGUUUCGCCAGGAUCCCCUCAGAGGCAAUUCGAUUCUUGAUGAUCAUUGGAGUUGA